AUGGUAAUUUACGAUUACGAAUGUAUAGUCAGUUCUUCAUCAGCAUACAAAGGUAUCGUUAAAAGAGUUUUUUUCUCGCAAAUAAAUUAGCUCAGGUUCUGACAGCCUGGGUAUCAAGCACGUACCCAAUCAGAUAUCGUAUCGUCUGAUUUGCAACGAAUGUCUCGGUGAGGACUGCGACACUUGUGGAAAGAUCCAGAGUAUCAAUUUCACGAACACGGAUGAUGUUGUGGGAGAGUUUUCGACAUUUCUAAAAAAUGAUCCGAGACUGAAAAAUGCCUAA